UUCAUAUUUAUCAGCUACUUUAGCUUCUCCACAAAUACAAAUACUUGUCCUUUGACAAUGGGUUAUGUAGGUGUUGUUUUGGUGGGUCUGGUAAUUGUUGUUGUUAUUAGAAAGAUUUGGCAGGUGUUUAAGAUUGUGGUGUGGAGGCCAUAUGUCUUGACUAAAACCUUUGAGAAGCAAGGAAUCAGAGGACCAUCUUACAAGCUCCUUCAUGGUUCCCUUGAGGAGAUCAAGGAGCUGAAGAAGCUUGCAACAGAAACGGUUUUAGAUACAAAUUCCAAUGAUAUCACUCGCAGAAUUCUCCCACACUAUCACAAAUGGUCCUCCCAAUACGGCGACACACUGCUGUAUUGGCAUGGUACACAACCAAGAAUCACAAUAACAAACCCAGAGCUGGCCAAGCAAAUACUCUCAAACAAGUUCGGCUUCUAUGAGAAACCCAAGUCUAGGCCUUCAAUACGAUAUCUCACCGGGUAUGGAUUGAUUCUCGUUCAAGGACUAGACUGGGUUAGGCACAGAAGGGUUCUCAAUCCUGCUUUCUCCAUUGACAAACUUAAGAUUAUGAUAAAGAAAAUGGCUGAAUGCACAAUUUCAAUGCUUGAUGAGUGGAAAAAUCUGGCUGGAGUGGCUGCCGAUCAACGUAUCAAGAUAGAGAUGAAUGGAAAUUUUCAGAAGCUUACGGCUGAUAUCAUUGCCCACACUGCCUUUGGCAGUAGUUACAUGGAGGGAAGAGAAGCCUUUAAAGCACUAAGAGAGCUUCAAAAAUGUUGUGUUGCUUCAAUUACUGAUAUUUUCAUCCCCGGUAGCCAGUAUCUGCCUACUCCAUCGAAUAUUCAGAUGUGGAAGCUAAACAGGAAGCUAGAGAACUCAUUGAAGGGCAUCAUAGAAAGUAGAAUGAGGGCAAAAGCUAGGACAGAUGGUUGUUAUGGAGAUGAUCUUCUUGGUAUAAUGAUUGAAUCUUCAGAAACAAUAGCUGAUGACACCAAAAUUACUUCAAAGUUGAACAUGAAGGAAAUCAUGGAAAAUUGCAAAUCAUUCUUCUUUGCUGGGCACGAGACCACGUCCAAUUUACUAACUUGGACAGUCUUCUUGUUGAGCAUACACACAGAAUGGCAAGAAAGACUUAGAGAAGAGGUGUUGAAGGAAUGUGGGAUGGGAAUUCCAGAUGCAGACAUGUUAGCUAAGUUAAAAUUGGUUAACAUGGUUCUGCUCGAGGCUUUGAGGCUGUACUGUCCAGUGAUAAUGUUGCUCAGGAAGACAUCAGAAGAUAUGAAACUGGGAAAUUUGCUGAUCCCAAAAGAAACAUGUAUAACAAUUCCCAUUAUAAAGAUUCACAGGAGCAAGGAAUACUGGGGAGAGGAUGCAAAUGAAUUCAAUCCAAUAAGGUUCGCGAAUGGGGUCUCCAAGGCUGGAAAACACCCGAAUGCUUUAUUGGCCUUUUCAAUCGGUCCCAGAGUUUGCAUCGGCCAGAAUUUUGCAAUGCUGGAAGCAAAAACUGUUCUUGCAUUGAUUCUUCAGAGGUUUUCGCUAUCCCUCUCCCCUGAGUAUAAACACGCCCCAGUCGACUUUCUUACUCUGCAUCCGCAGUAUGGUCUACCCAUUAAUGUAAAAUCUUUGCUUUUCUAAGAUGAAGCAAGCAUUUACCUAUGGCAAUACCUCUCCGAAAUUGGUUUUUUUCCUUUUUUCUUUUGUUGAAUGUAUCAAGGUAUUAAGAUCAUCGAAUAGAGUAAUGUUUGUAUGCCAAAAUAAAGUUAAUAAGCAAAAAUCCAUGUUAUUAUCUAAA